UUCAUUUGAAGCCAAACUUUCUUGUGUUUUUGUAUGUUGUUAGCUACAGUAAAGUGGGUUGUAAGAGAGUAAUUUGUUUUUUUAUUUUUGUUAUUUUUGUGAGAAACAAAUGUGUGGUAUUGUUGAUAAGCAAGAAGAAGUAAUUUGAUACUUUCUGUAAAAGAGUUUGAUGACGAAGUUUAUGCGGAUCAAUGGUAGAACCAACUCCUUUGUAGCAAAUCAUUUAUCCGAGUCUCUACAAUGCUUGGCUAGCACAUUAAGACGUUGGAGAAGUGGCCAACCUUCAGAAUCCUGGGAGGCUCAUAAGGCAGCAAUCCAAGCACUCAUAAAGCUACCUUCAGGCGAGCUUGUUACAGGUUCAACUGAUACAACUUUAAAACUUUGGAGAGGAAGCAAAUGUACACAUACUUUUGUUGGGCAUACAGAUCAAAUAUAGGCUGAUGCACUUGUUCUGAGGGGGAUCAGUUGCACAUUUGAGGAAGGGCACAAAAUACGUAUUGUUGGCAGAAUUGGCAGUGGCAAGACCACUCUCAUAGAGAUGAACCUGUUUUGUCCAAUGGAGCUAGCUAGAGGGAAGAUAUAGUAAUGUAUUUAUUGAAACCUGUAGUAUUCCAUGUAAUGCGAGUCUUUUUACGUAACUUUUAAAUUUUAA